AUGUGGCCGCCAUGGGACAGGGCGGCAGCUCAAAAACUUGCAGCGGCUGACACACACCAACAGAAGGUAUGGGGGAAGAGCAGACGGCAGAGGCUAAAUAGAGCUUGCACCAUACCGCCUACUACACCUUGCUGCUGUGUCGCUAUCUGGUACACCAAUGGAGGCCAACUGUAUGUCACCACUCAGGAGGAAGGUUCCCGUUCAGCUGGGCCUACUGUGGGCUUCAAUGUGGUCCUGGGGUCCUGUGUAUGUGGCAGAUCCCUGCUGGACUGGAAGCGCAAAGCAUGGCCGUAUCCGAGCUUGGAGCUGGGGAAGUUGGCCACCAUCUGUAGGCAUAGGCUGAGUGGUUCCAGGGCAGGACUGCAGGAUACCCUGUGGCUGCCGAUCCAUUGUUGGGCUAUAAUUCUAUAA